AUGGCGGCAUGGAGGGAUGGAGGCAUGGAGGCAUGGAGUAAUGGCGGCAUGGAGGGAUGGAUGAAUGGUGUGAUGGAGGGAAGUGACAUUGCCCCCUGCUCGUUGAGUAACCGGGAUACUACAGGAAGUGACAUUGCCCCCUUCUCGUUGAGUAACCGGGGAAGUGACAUUGCCCCCUGCUCGUUGAGUAACCGGGAUACUACAGGAAGUGACAUUGCCCCCUUCUCGUUGAGUAACCGGGGUACUGCAGGAAGUGACAUUGCCCCCUUCUCGUUGAGUAACCGGGGUAAUGCAGGAAGUGACAUUGCCCCCUUCUCGUUGAGUAUCCUGGGUACUGCAGGAAGUGACAUUGCCCCCUUCUCGUUGAGUAACCGGGGUACUGCAGGAAGUGACAUUGCCCCCUUCUCGUUGAGUAACCGGGGUACUGCAGGAAGUGACAUUGCCCCCUUCUCGUUGAGUAACCGGGGUACUACAGGAAGUGACAUUGCUCCCUUCUCGUUGAGUAACCGGGGUACUGCAGGAAGUGACAUUGCCCCCUUCUCGUUGAGUAACCGGGGUACUGCAGGAAGUGACAUUGCCCCCUUCUCGUUGAGUAACCGGGGUACUACAGGAAGUGACAUUGCUCCCUUCUCGUUGAGUAACCGGGGUACUGCAGGAAGUGACAUUGCCCCCUUCUCGUUGAGUAACCGGGAUACUACAGGAAGUGACAUUGCCCCCUUUUCGUUGAGUAACCGGGAUACUACAGGAAGUGACAUUGCCCCUUUCUCAUUGAGUAAUCGGGGUACUGCAGGCCGCUAUUAG